GAGUUUGUUGUGUUUUUAGCGGCCUCUUCCGCUCGAUUUCGACGGGUACUGGCUGGAGCUCCAGCUCAUUCGGCGAUCGUUGCUCGUGCUGCGCGGUUUGGUGUGAAUUUUCUGCUCGCGGUUGAUAGGCUCAGUGGAUCAGUGGGAAAUUCGAGUGGAUUUUCCGGCGAAACAUGGCGUUUUUCAGGAAGUGGAAGGCGAAUUCCAAGCACGAAAAAUUAUCGGAGGAAUUGGCGUUGCAAAAUUCCAAAGAAUCAGAUCAAGAUAUCAACACUUCCACGAUUUCCAACGAAAACGAUGUCGUUACAUUCAAAUUAAAAUACAUAGGAAGUACAGUAGUGGAGAAAAUAACCGGCGAAAAUGUCACUGUAGAAGCGGUGAAAACCAUCAUUAAAACAGCGAAAGCAAUGAAAAUGAAGCGAUUACAAACAGUCAACUUAAACAUAUCGAUUCGAGGAAUAUCCAUUACGGAUUUGCAAGGAAACGACGUACUAAAAGUUUCUAUAUACAGGAUAUCGAAUUGUUCGACGGACGCCUCCCACCGUCAGAUAUUCUCCUUCAUCUCGACCGACGCCGACGAAACGCCCGAAUGCCACGCUUUCCUCUGCUCGAAGAGGAAAGUCGCCCAGACCGUCACCUUGGCGGUGGCGAACGCCUUCGGCGCCGCCUACAGGCUGUGGCGGCGAUCGUCCUGCUCCGACGACGACGCCGACGUCGCGACGACCGGCGGAGCGGCGCUGUCGCUCGACAACCGGCCGGACGAUCGGCAGGAGGAGAGGCUCAUCGAUUUCGACAGCGAGCCGCUCGCCGAGGAUAUUUUCUCCGUGGACGAGGAGUGGAGCCCCGCCAUGCUGGCCAAAAAGGAAUGGGUUUCUUUUGAUGAUGAUCCUUUCGUCUACCCAUGCAAAUAAACCACACAAAAGUGCCAUUAUCCCGACUUAACAUUAAGCCAGUACAGGACUAAAACUUAACAGUGAUAUUGUAAAUAAAACUUACUAGAUAUAAUUUAUAUUAUCGACGUUUCUAUAAACAUAUAGAUCUAUAUAAUUUGUUACGUUUUCUUAAAAUUGAAUAAAAACUUAUAACUACCCUAA